AACCUUUACCGUGACCUUAUUAGGUCAGAGUGUCCCAUUUUGGAUUGUGGGUAAAAUCCAACAUGGCGCAGCUCCUGAAUCGACUUCGGGCGGCGAGGCGAAAAGAUUCGGAGGAACAAACGCGAGAGAGCAGUGCCCCUCCUGUGCCCGGCCCCUCCCCCGAAGACGAAUGCUCGGGGUUCAUCUGUCCGAUGUGCUUGCUGAGUCUUCCCUCAGCUGAGGAACUUCAGGCACAUUAUGAACAUAACCACACUGAGGGGAAUGCAGAGGAGUCUAAGAUCUCUACACAAGACUCAGGUUUUAUCUGCCCGAUGUGUUUGCUGGCUCUCCCCUCCCCUGAGGAGCUCCAGUCUCACUAUGAACAGUACCAUUCUACAGGAGACACCGACAACUCUGCACCUAAACAACAGGUAAGGCUACAGUCUCACUAUGAACAGUACCAUUCUACAGGAGACUCCGACAACUCUGCACCUAAACAACAGGUAAGGCUACAGUCUCACUAUGAACAGUACCACUCUACAGGAGACACCGACAACUCUGCACCUAAACAACAGGUAAGGCUACAGUCUCACUAUGAACAGUACCAUUCUACAGGAGACACCGACAACUCUGCACCUAAACAACAGUGCGACAACUCUGCACCUAAACAACAGGUAAGGCUCCAGUCUCACUAUGAACAGUACCAUUCUACAGGAGACACUGACAACAAUGCACCUAAACAACAGGUAAGGCUACAGUCUCACUAUGAACAGUACCAUUCUACAGGAGACACCGACAACUCUGCACCUAAACAACAGGUAAGGCUACAGUCUCACUAUGAACAGUACCAUUCUACAGGAGACACCGACAACUCUGCACCUAAACAACAGCCCCAACCAGACCCUCAGGACAGUGUGGUCAAACAGCAGCUGAAAGAGUCCGAAGAGAACAGAUCACUCAUCCAGUCGGAAGUGGUCCUUCUAAGGAAACAGUUGGCUGAUGCCAUCGAGAGUUCCAUCACUGCCAGGAGGGAGAAGGAAACACUGGAGCAGAAGGCUGCAGCUAUGGCUCGAGAGAAGGUCCAGCUCCAGUCCAAGGUUGAUGAGGAGACUGGGAUGAGGAUGGGACUACAGGAACAGGUGGCUACGCUACAGAGCCAAGUCAAGGAAAAGACAACAUGGGCUCAGAGUUUGGAAUCACAGCUUCAACAAAGACCAGGUGCAGAUGAUGUCCUGGUCCUGAGGAGAGAGCUGGUGAACGCCCAGCAGCUGAUGGACAAGUUAACUCUGGAACAGGAGGAAGAAAACAACAAGCUGAAGGAGGAGUGUGUGGAACUGCAGUCAAAGAACACUGAGUUAGAAAAGUCAGUGAAUGACAUAAGGUCAGAGCUUGACAAGGCACCAAAGUCUGAAGACUUGGAAAGAUUACAACAGACAUCUGGGGAGGUCAGCCAAUUGUCAGAACAGCUUCAGCAGUUGCAAGGGGAGAGAGCAUCAUUAUCAGAACAGCUGAAGAAGACGGAGAAUGCCAUGAAGGAAAAGGAAACGACUUGCACCAAAUUGGACCAACAGAUGAAGGAGUGGCAACAGAAGCACCAACAGCUCCUCAGCGCCUCCAGCCAGGGGACACAGGAACUGCAGCUCAAGCUUAAACAGUGGGAGGACCAAUGCCACCAGAAGGAGAGUGAUGUGGAAAAUCUACAGAAACAAGUGGAUGAUCUACAUGUGCGAUACCAACAGGAGGUGUCAGCAGGUGAUGAGCUGAAGGUACAGGUGAGGAAGAGACAGACACAGCUGGAAGAACAAACAAGACAUCUGCAGACCAAGGAAGCCCACAGCCAGCAGCAGGAGACCGCUAUGCAGGAGUUGAAGGAUCAGAUUAGUAAACUGGAGGUGGAGAGGACUGACCUUAUGGAGAAGAUCCAGGCAGGUGAGGGUGAGGCUACUGCAAUCACACAGCUACAGCAGCAAAAUGCUGCCCUGCAGAAGCAGCUUCAGUCGAGUCAGGAGGCAGCAGGUGCUCAGGUGAAGGAGCUGGAGACACAGAUGGACACCCUGCACUCCCAACUGGCACAGACCAAGAGUGAUGUGGAGGCAGCUAACGACAGAUGUACCAAGCUGGACACAACUCUACAGGACACCAACAGCAAACUUACUGCAGCCAAGGAGAAAACUGCAGAACUGGAGGCAGAACUCAAGAACAAGGGCGACCUAUUGGCAGCCUCUGAGGCAGCGAAGGCCGCUCAGCGUACAGACUUGGAAGGUCACCUGACCACGGCACGGGCAGCGCUACAGGAGAAAACACAGGAGUUAGCGCAGGUCAAAGGUCAGGCUGAGGAGACUGUGUCCCAGCUGAGUACAGCGCGGGAACAGCUGAGCAGACUGGAGGUCAGUCUGAGUGAGAUGAAGGACAGGCUGGGGGCGGAACAGCAGAGGGCCAAACAGCUGGACACCGACCUGGCACAGAAGGCCAAGUCCCUAUCAGAAGCUGAACAGCUGAAAGGAAAGAUGCAGGUGGAGCUGGACAGCAGCAAACAGCUGCUGGAGGACAGGAACAGCCAGCUGGCCAGCCUGCAGCAGCAACUGGAGCAGGUGAAAUCAGAAGGCAGUGCAGAGAAGACCAGGUUACAGGAACAGCUGUCGCUGGCACAGACAGUUAGGGAACAGCUAAAGAAGGACAUACAGGAGAAGAUGUCUGCAACUGACAAGGUGGUAGAGAAGCUGAAGGAACAACUGGAAGAGAAGAUGCUACUGGAGAAAGACUUGCUGCAACAGAUCCAGAACGAGAAGCAGCAGGUGGAGCGUCAGCAGGUGCAGAUCCAGAACUACGAGUCGCAGGUGGUGCAGCUGCAGACGCAGCUCCAGAAAGCUAAUGAGGACACCCAGAGUGUGGCAGCAGAAUUGGCAACAAGCAAGGAAGCCAUGAAGGAGGUGCAUGGUCAGCUUCACCAGGCAGAGUCUAACCUCCAGGCCCUGAGGGACAGGGAGAAAACCCUGGUGUCUACAGUAGAACAUCUCACAGAGGCCAAGGCUACCCAGGAGGAGCGAGCAUCCCAACUGUCCACACAGCUCCAGUCUGUGGAACAGAGGGUGCAGGGGCUCACACAGGAGAAGGCUGAUGCCGACAGUCGUGUGGAAACCCUGACACAACAAUGCGGACAGCUAAGAGAGCAGAAAUCCACCCUGGAGGCACAGCUGACAGCAGCACAGCAAUCACUACAGGCUGAGAAACAGCACUGGCAACAG